UCGGCAUGUCCCCCGCAUUACUCCGGCGGCAAUUUGCUCCAAUAUCAUGUUUCAUUUAGGUGAAUCUCGGCUGCUUUUAUCAGAGCAUUUGCAGGAUAUCGCGCGUCAUAUUCCCCAGCUGUUCGAUCCUGGUCUUUACCAGAUCACCUCAAAAUGUCCACAUACAAAGGUCAAACGCCAUCCGACCUCAAGGUCGACCCCCGCAUUGUUCCGUUCUUUGAACGAUUCUACGCCGUGUCUGAUGAUCCAGAGGCCCAUGAAGAAUAUGCCCAGUCUUUCGUGCCCGACGCCGACUUCGCCAUGGGGGCCAAAAAGAUUGUUGGCUAUGACGGGAUCCUCGAGCUGAGACACGGUUUGUGGGCAGGCCCUGUCAAGUCCCGCAAACAUAGCCUCACCAAGAUCUUUCCGUUUGGUGGUGGGAGCAACGAACUUAUGCUGUACGGGACUGUGGCCUACGGGUUGAAGAAUGGAAAGGAAGUCACCGUUGACUGGGCCGCGAGGGCUGUCAUGGCAGAGCACCAGGAUGCUUUGAAGUUUAAGCUCUAUCAGGUCUACGUGGAUUCCACGCCUGUCGCCAAUGCGGCUAAGGAGUAACAGGAGAACUGGUGACUCCCACGUGUUCCAUCAGAAUCACAAGCUUCGCCAGAUCUGCCAGGCAAUUGUCCUGGGCUCCUAGAUAAUGCAUAACCAU